AAAGAACCGCUAAUUCUGCCAAGGGUUUUGGAAGUUUAUUGGCCGAUGAUGGUGGAAAAGAAUCCAUCGCAAGAUUAAUAGCAGAUGUGAAAGAUGAGGAUGCCUUAAAAUUAGCUCAAGCCACACAGAAACAUGUAAACAAAAAACAUAAUAGUCUCAAUAGUAUAGAAUCAUUGGCUCAAAAAUCUUUUACGCGCACCGAUGCGCCUCAGGAUCAUUCUUUUUUUCCAUCUGAGACUACUUUGUCCAACUCUAAAGAAUGCAAACAAUACCUCGAAAACAAAUAUCACGUAAUAUUCAAGAUUAUUAAUAAUAAAGAUAUAUAUAAUCCCCUUUUGGUUGUUAAAAAUCGAAAAGUCGAUGUUAAUAAUGAGGGAAUAAAUGACAUUAGCUCAAUAUCUGCUAAUAAAAUUAGACAAUCAAUAAAUCAAAGAAAAAUAAGUGGUUCUGAAUCUCACAGAAAAUCUCCAAAUCCAUGGCACGUUACUCACAUGGAAGUUAUAAAGGAUUAUGAACAAAGAAAUAAUAUUAGUGAUAUAUCUACUCCUUUUAAGCACUCAGAGUUACAAGAUAUUAAUAAUGAAAAUAAUACUAGAAAUGCCCUGUCUCGCGUAGGGUCUGAACCUAGUGCCUCCAAGAGAAAUUUACCCUAUCGUAGAUUAUCUCAAAUUUUUAUUCCUCCAUCGCAAGUAAAAGAAGAACCAAGUCCGCCAGCAGAGGAAGGACGUCGUGGUGGAAAACAUUCAAGAACUCUAAGCUUGAAUGGCAUGCCUUCUCCUAUAGCUAAGGAUGAUCAUCAAAGCAAAUCUAAAAAGGGUUUAUUAAGAUUAUUUAAGCGUAAAGAUAGGAAACAUAAUAAGCGAGGUCGGUCUGAUACCGAGAUUGAUGAUAAUGGUGAUGGUCAAGUUGGAACAAUCAAGGGAUUAGCUGAUUACACUCCAUCAUCUCCAAAAAUUAAUUUGUCUUCGGGUGAUCUAUCUCCUAGAAGUUCUUCUGAAGAUGUGGGUCCUUUGUCUGAAAAAGGUUUUCUAAGCGUCUCAAAUAAUGUAAAUAUAUAUAAUUCUAAGAGGAUAUUGUCUAGUGACUUGGUAGAUUAUGGCGUUAAAUAUGAUUGUGAGAUGCUUGGAAAGCCAAAUCGUGAUACCUUGAUUGUGCUUUCCGAUGACAACUCUAUGUAUAUCGCUUCUAGCAAUG